AUGUCUGUUACACACUUUACAAUAACAGAUGAGGAAGUGGCCUUACAUCUCAGCAUUGAGAGGGAGAAAACUGUAAGACAUAUUGGUUAUUUUUCAUCGCCAAACUCUGUGAAAAAAAUUCAGGUUGGAAUCUGCUUGCUUCUGGUGGAGCUGUGUGAGAGAUUCACCUUCUUUGAAGUCGUCUGCAACAUGAUCCCCUUUUGCACCGUCAAACUGGGCUACCACAAUUACCAGGCAGCCAUUUUGAACUUGUGUUUUAUUGGAACUUCGAUACUUACUCCUGUGCUUGUGGGGUGGCUGGCUGACAUCUACCUAGGAAGAAAUAAACUGGUGUAUAUCUGCUUAUUUCUACAUUUCCUAGGCACUGCCUUGUUAUCUGGGGUUGCUUUCCCCUCAGAAGAUUCCUACAUAGGCUCUUACCACGUGAUUAACCACAUACCUACCAAGGAGCAGAACAGGCUGUUUCAUGUAGCACUGCUAGCCAUCUCCCUUGGCACAGGAGGAAUAAGAGCCAUUGUCUGUCCACAGGCUGCUUAUGGUCUUCAGGAGCACAAAUCAAAGAAACGAACAUCUCUUUUUAACUGGUUUUAUUGGCUCAUGAACCUAAAUGCAACUGUUGUCUUCCUGGGAAUAUCUUACAUCCAGCACUCAGGGGCCUGGACCCUUGUUUUACUUAUUCCUAUUAUGUCUACACUCAUGGCUCUGAUAACUCUUCAUAUGAUGUACUGUAACCUCAUUUAUCAACCAGAAAAAUGUUGCUCCCUCCUGGCAACAUUUGGGGUGUUUGUUAAUGCACUGAAAACAUGCUGCCUGCAAUAUUUUCAUCUUGAUAGAGAUGUGACAGACUGGUUAGACCAUGCCAAGGAAAAAAAUGGCGGCCACUACAGUGAGCUCCUCGUGGAAGACACAAAACCUUUCUUCGCCCUUCUCCCUCUCUUCAUUUUUCAACUAAUAUACAGAGUGUGCAUUAUGCAGAUUCCUUCGGCAUAUUAUCUGCAGACCAUGAAUUCCAACCUGAAUCUGGAUGGAUUUCUUCUGCCAAUUGCAGUAAUGAAUGCCAUCAGCAUCCUACCAUUAUUAGUUCUGGCUCCUUUUAUGGAGUACUUCAGCACCUGCCUGUUUCCCUCUAAGAGAGAUGGACCAUUUCUGUCAGCAUGCAUUAUUGCUGGAAAUCUUUCUGCUGCGUUGUCUGUGAUGGUAGCUGGCUUCUCUGAAAUACACAGAAAACAAUUUCCACCGCUGGAGCAGCCUCUUUUAGGCCAAGUUCUGCCUGUUUCCUCCAUGCCCUGUUUCCACCUGGUUCUUCAGUACGUUUUACUUGGAGUGGCUGAAACUCUGGUAAACCCUGCCCUCUCCAUAAUAGCACACAGAUUUGUUCCGAAAACCAUCAGAGAAACUUCUAUGAAUUUUUUGACACUGUUCAAUGGAUUUGGUUGUUUCACAGGGGCACUGCUGGUGGAGUUGAUUUAUCUCAUCUCAGAAGGCAAUUGGUUUCCAAACACAUUAAACAAAGGCAAUUUAGAAAGCUUCUUCUUCUUGCUGGCAUCAUUAACAUUGUUGAACGUCCUGGGAUUCUGGAGUGUUUCGCAAAGAUAUUGUAAUCUAAAUCAUUUUAAUGCCCAGAACAUCAGUGGAAGUAAUCUUGAAGAAACACUUCUCCUCCAUGAAAAGUCUCUGAAAUUUUAUGGCAGCACACAGGAAAUUUCUUCAAGUAUUGAUCUUUGGGAGACAGCCCUAUGAAACUGUAUUUGACUCUACCUGUCUUAUGAAUACAGUAUUUGUUGUUUUUUUCUUCAGUUGAACAUUUGUAUGCAUUUUAGUAUGAGAGAUAAUAUGUAGGAGAACAAAUCUAUGAAUAUUAUCUGUGUACUUUAUUUAAAAAACAAUUAUGACCCUUAUAGAAGUUAACCAGUAUGCUUGUGCAUUAACAUGCUAUGCAUUAAUAUUAAUAAAGUAAUUUCAAAGUAUAGAUAAUUCCUCUCAUCAGAAAAUGACAAUUUCCUAUAUGCCAAUAAUAUUUUAUAGCUUUUUACGAUGGUUCAGCCAUUAAAAGCAACCUGUAAGAUAUUUUUAGAGUUUUAACAAGUCAUUAGAGGCAAAAUAAUAGUAUGUUAAUAUUCUUUCUUUCAGUACAUUUUUUAGGCCUUUAUUGCUG